GUACCGCCAUGUUGUCACCAGGCGGACAACAGCAGUGGACCACGGCGGAUCUCUUCAAUCAGACACUGACCCCUGCAAACGAAUCUUUGGCAGAUCCAAAUGCCCGGUCAAAAGUGGAGCUGGUGCUGGUGGUGGUGCUGCCCACGGUGUCGUUCGUGGUGGCGGCGGCGCUGGCGGCGGCCAUGAUGUACCAGCGCUGCGGCUGCGCGGGCUGGCUGCGUCGCAAGCUGGGCGAGGGCCGGCUGCGGCCCGUCUACAGCUGCCGCGGCGUCUACAAGGCCGUCAGCAUCGACAGUAGCAGCAGCCGCAUCACUCGGGUGUCCUUCCCGGCCUUACAGGAGCGCAGCAUACUCUACGUAGAGAAGGAGAUAGAGGAGGCGAAAGCUCGCGGCGAGGUGGACACGUUCGAGGUGAGCUACGAGCGACUGCAGCUGGGCCGGCAGAUCGGCAAGGGAGACUUCGGGCGAGUCUUCCUGGCGCGCGCUGAAGCCGUGGGCGGCGUGCCCGGCUGGCGCACCGUCGCUGUCAAGAAACUCAAGCUGCGCGCGACGGCGGAGGAGGUGGAGGAGUUCCAGGCGGAGAUCGCGAUGCUGAAGCACGCGGGCCGGCACCCCAACGUGGUGGAGAUGGUGGGCUGCUGCACGCUGCGGCCGCCGCUCUGCAUCCUGAUGGAGUUCGUGCCGUGCGGCGACCUGCUGCACUACCUGCGCCGCCUGCGCGUCGAGUACGAGCGCCGCACGGGCGCGCCGCUGCCCUUCUCCAGCACCCGCGCCAGGCCCGCGCCCGCCCCCGCUCCGGCGUCCGCCCUCGCCGCCUCCGCGGCAGCCUCCGCCGUGCCCCCCGCCGCCCCCACCGCCGGCACAGGCGGCAGCCACGAGCCGCGCUACAUCGACCUGUUGCUGUCCUCGGACUCGGAGAGCUCCUACGUGCAGCCCGACCCGCGGCUCAGCUUCUCGUCGAGCGGGCGGCCGUCCAUCGCAGAGACCGAGUGGAGCCUGGUGAGCAGCGAGGGCGGCGCGCCGUCCACCCCAACGGAGCGGAGUCCCUGUCCGGGGCGCCUGGGCCACGGGCUCGACUAUGUGCUGGACCCGGCGGAGCUGCAGAGCUUUGCCGUGCAGAUCGCGCGUGGCAUGGCCCACCUCGAGCAGCGGCACAUCACGCACAGGGACCUGGCGGCGCGAAACAUCCUCAUCGACGAGCACAAGACGCUCAAGAUCUCCGACUUCGGGCUGUCGCGGUCGGGCAUCUACGUGAACACGCGCGGCAAGAAGGUGCCGCUGCGCUGGCUCAGCGUCGAGGCCAUCCGCGACAACCUCUACUCCAGCAAGAGCGACGUGUGGGCCUACGCCAUCGUCCUCUGGGAGAUCGGCACUCUCGGAGGGUUCCCGUACCCGACGGUGAGCGACCACGACCUGCUCAGGUUCCUGCUGGAAGGUCGCAGGCUGGAGAAGCCAGACAACUGCACCGAUGAACUGUACUCGCUGAUGAUGAUGUGCUGGUCGCACAACGCGGACGACCGGCCGUCGUUCGCGACCAUCUCGAAGCACCUGGAGGGCGCCCUGGGCCGCAGACCUGUCUACGUCGACUUCUCCAACCUGAGCCCAGACUACACGUUCCCUCCCACCGAACAGCAGCAGCAACAGCACCAGCAGCAGCAGCAGCAGCAGCGGCCGUCUUUCAGGAUGUGAUAUCAGCAGACGGCUCAGCCAGAGUACGCCUUCCUCCCCCCAACAGGGCAGCUGCAGCAGCGGCAGCCAUCCAAGAGACCGAAGGCGCCAGGCAGAUCGACCAGGCGCCACCGAGUCCCGCACCGAACAGCUGCUGCAGCGGCGGCUGCAACCUCAACCGCGGUCAACAUCGUGACGUCACACGGAGUUGAGCCAGUCAUUGUACACUCUUCCACUGAAAACUAGCAGCGUCAGAAACAACACGCGUCGGUGUCACCUUCCGGUAAAUGAUGUCAUCAUGAAGUACCACCUGGUAACACUUUUCCUCACACCAUCCAGAGACCACGGCUAUCCUUUAGAAAACGCGCAGCUUGGACUACAUAUUAACUUCAAUAGCGACAGCGACAUCAGCGGUCUGUACAAUGUGAUACAACCCGAAAACUGAAGAGCCUAGUAUCAUUCUGCGUGUAUGAUGGCCAAAACUAGUUCAUUCCUACUACAAAUCAGUGGUACAAUAGGAACUAUCACUUUACGGCUUCCAUGUACAGCAUUCGCCUGUGUGCCCGGUUACACUGUACAUUUCUCCCGACAAAGCGUUGCUGUAAGCAGCACCUUCGUUACCAGCCUUUGCCUGAAUUCAGUGUGGUCCUCCUUUCACUUCCUCAGCCAAGUACAGGACAACUCAGAAGUCGUUGUGAGGAAGUUUGGCCACCAGGACAACUCAGAAGGCGUUGUGAGGAAGUUAGGCCACCAAUGGUGCAACUCAGAGUCUACAGAGCCGGAAAAAUAAAACUGACCCUCAAGACAAUUCAUGCACGUUGAGGUAGGCACCCCAAAUUACAUAGUCUGCUGCGGAUGACAUACAUGGUUUGCCUGCCAUAAGGUUCAUGAAACAUUUGCUGAGCCAGUUUUAUUUUGGACGCCCUGCAAAACACCAAUAAAGGACUGACAGUAGUGUUCGUCCUAAAAAAUCACUGUCAGGAAGACAACGUUCUGAUCAGUGCCCAGAAGGCUUCUGGCUGGCAUCAUAAUCAGUUGUUGGCAAUCAGAUGAAAGAGUGAUUUACAACAGAAUGUCCUUGAGCACAACGUGACUCCAAGAACUAACAUAAACUCGCUGACAAAUUCUGCGGUAGGGUCAGUAGGAUGCCAGUGAUACGUCGUCAGCAGUGUCGGAUCUAAAAAGUUUUCCACGCUGCUACUGCUCAUAAGGACAGCACAUUGGUAUGGUUCCCUGACUCCCCAAAAUAUAUCGGCAAACAUCGUGAACAGCUUUUUAGUCGACAGACGAAACUGCAAUUUCUACCAUAGGGGCGUUGAGUACACCGCAACUCCGUGUACAAGGCACGCCAAAAAAUAACACUGGGGCGACCAAAGCUGCACCAUCACGACAGUUACCACAUGUAUAUUCACUUCUCCACCGAAAAAACAGAGUCACUGAAACAAGCACAGGCAGAUAUAACCACCUGCCGCAAGCGGCGGAACAGAGAGGUAAAAGCAGGUGCUAACCACAUAUUCACUGACCAAGUCAGCUCAGCUGAGGCCACGUUGGCGCGGAUUUAUAUGUAUGGUCAUCGACACGUCUUGUCACAUAUGCUUUGUUCAUUUAUUACCAUUUCAGAAACUAAACUGGGUGUUCACUGAUUGUCCAGCUGUCAUUAUUGCUUGAAAUAUUCAGACAAAAGCUUUUGAAAGCUACGUUUUUGGACAAUGUGAUUAACGAUAUUAUUCUGGGG